GCACAGCCCAGCAAAGAGUUAAAGGGAGGGGACGUGGGCUGUCACGCGUCAUUGGGCAGAUUAUGUGCAGCAAACAAAAAGUGUGUGUCUGCGUGCCAGUCAGUCACUGCAUCGGGUCCAUCUGUACAACUCUCAUUCUCUCUCUCUCUCUCUCUCUCUCUCUCUCUCCUCUCACUCUCCCAUCAUUUCACUCUCCCCAUCUCUCCAGCUCUCUUCCCUCUCUUUAGGCAGAGCCUACUAGACAGCAACACUAACACCUCCUGACAUGGAAAUACACUGAUACAAUAGGCGGAAGAAACACUCCGUAGCAUCUCCGGGUUCCAGGUGGCGUUUUUUGGCCGUUGCAUCCCGACCCGAUUACUGGGAUGGAGGAUUCAGGCAUCCAGAGAGGCAUCUGGGAUGGAGAUGCCAAGGCCGUCCAACAGUGUCUGACAGACAUUUUCACCAGCGUGUACACCACCUGCGACAUCCCUGAGAAUGCCAUAUUCGGGCCCUGCGUCCUGAGCCAUACCUCCCUGUACGACAGCAUAGCUUUCAUAGCUCUCAAGUCCACCGACAAAAGAACAGUUCCUUAUAUCUUCCGGGUGGACACCUCCGCGGCAAAUGGUUCCUCGGAAGGUCUCAUGUGGCUGCGCCUGGUGCAGUCAGCCAGAGAGAAAGAGGAGCAGAACCUGGAAGCCUACAUAAAAAGCGGACAGCUGUUCUACCGCUCUCUCCGCAGGAUUGCCAAGGACGAGGAGUUGCUAGUUUGGUACGGCAAAGAACUGACUGAGUUACUCUUGCUCUGCCCCUCUAGACCCCACAGCAAAAUGAAUGGGUCGUCCCCUUACACAUGCCUGGACUGCAGCCAACGUUUCCAGUUUGAAUUUCCCUUUGUGGCGCACCUGCGCUUCCGCUGCCCCAAGAGAUGCAACGCCUCCUUCCGCAUGACCUCCGACCUGGUGUACCACAUGAGGUCGCAUCACAAAAAGGAGUACGCCAUGGAGCCCCUGGUGAAGCGGAGGCGGGAGGAGAAACUCAAGUGCCCCAUUUGCAACGAGUCCUUCAGGGAGCGCCACCACCUCUCCAGGCACAUGACCUCCCAUAACUGA